AAAGAAAUCUAGAACUUUCCAACAAGUUACCCUCUUAUCAAAGCUUCUAUAAUUUCCAACAUUGUCUUCCAUACUUCAUGUUUGCUAACCAACAAGGAACUAGAAAAUCUUAAUUUCCAAAAAUUAUAAACUUAUCACUAGCAAGUACUACUAGGCUACUAGCACCUAAAACUCAUAGAAGGUCAAACUUCUCUCCUUGCCAAAAUUAGAGUAAUCUUAUAUUCUUCUUCCAUGAAGUUUCAAACUACUCGUGCAAAAUUACCUCAGACCAGCAGUGACUACUAGUAAAGACUAAACAGACAAAGACAGAUCACACUCCAGUGUUUAGAUCAGAUCCAUCCAACAAUACACCAUUUUAUUAAUAACCCAUCAUUUUAAAAACACCAACAAAAAAUAAUCCCAAAAAAGUCAUCUUCACCUUCAUCUACAAGCCUUCAUCAUCCCUCUUCACCGACACUCCAUUCUUCUCCACAAACACCACCACCCCUUUAUCCUCUUUCCCUUCUUUAUUCUCUCUCCUCUCUCUCAUCCAAUCAUAUCUCUCCACCUCACCAUUCUCCUCUUUUCUCUCUCUAUCUCCUCCACCAAUAAUGGUGGCUGAACCUCCACAAUGGACCACCCGCCGCAACAGCAACCCAAAAUUCGACACUUCCUCGGAUCAAAUCCUCCUUGAAAUCCCACAAACUCCGCCUUCGGAAUCUCGUAACAAUAACAAUAACAAUCUCAACCAUAUAAUACACAACAACACAAUUACAUCCACUUCAAUUAUAACAGCUACUAUUGUAGCAGCUUGGUACUCAUCCAACAUAGGCGUAUUACUCCUUAACAAAUACCUAUUAUCCAUCUAUGGUUAUCGUUACCCUAUCUUUCUUACGACACUUCACAUGAUCUCUUGCUCUUUUUACUCCUCUUUUGCAGUUCAUUCCCUAAGAUUAGUCCCUACACAAUACAUUCAGUCACGUAAACAACUUUUGAAAAUUUUCUCACUGUCGUUAAUCUUCUGUUUCUCCGUUGUUUGUGGGAACUCUUCUCUUCGUUACAUCCCUGUCUCCUUCAAUCAAGCUAUUGGCGCUACUACCCCUUUCUUUACUGCGAUAUUCGCCUUCGUGAUCACCUGCCAUAGAGAAUCUCCUAUUGUCUACUUUUCUCUUCUACCGGUUGUCCUUGGGAUCGUCAUCGCCUCCAACAGCGAGCCGCUCUUCCACUUAUUCGGGUUCUUCCUGUGUGCGGGGUCUACAGCAGGGAGAGCACUGAAAUCUGUGGUACAAGGGAUAAUACUUACCUCGGAAUCAGAGAAAAUGAAUUCUAUGAAUUUACUUAUGUAUAUGGCACCAAUGGCAGCUGGAAUACUAUUACCUUUUUCAUUCUACUUUGAAGGGAAUGUUGCGAGUAUUACAAUACAAAAGGCAAAAGAAGAUUGGUUUAUUGUGUUUCUAUUAAUUGGAAAUGCUACGGUUGCGUAUUUGGUUAACUUGACCAACUUCUUGGUGACAAAACAUACAAGUCCACUGACGUUGCAAGUCUUGGGAAAUGCGAAGGCGGCGGUGGCGGCGGUUGUAUCGGUGUUGAUUUUUAGAAAUCCGGUGACGGUGAUGGGAAUGGUUGGAUUUGGUGUUACUGUCAUGGGUGUUGUGCUUUACACCCAAGCUAAAAGGAGAUCUAAACUUACAUCUCAUUGAUUGAUUAUUAUUUUUUCUUUUGAGUAAAUAAAAGAUAGUACCAAAAACAAAACAAAAAAAAUUGGGGAAAAAUGGGUAUAUUUUUUAUUUUUAAGUGGAGAAAAUCAACUCCAUUACUACAAGAAAAGAAAAAGAAAAAAAGUUGAUUGUUUAAUUGAAUUUUGAUUUGUAUGAUUAUGAGUAUUAUAUUGUGAUUUUUCAGUUAUACAAAGAGGGAAGGAAAGGGAAAGGGAGAUUCGAAAAUUCAUUUGGUUGGCUUGUAAUUGUAUAGACCAAUAGCAAAAGGAUAAUGUUAGCCAAAAAAAAGAAGAAUGACAGUAAUGUCUUAUUCCCCUUUUUUGUUCUUUUAGUUAUGUUUCA